AUGGAUACAUCGGCACGUUUCUUUGCCAAGCUACGGAGCCUGGCUGUGUUCGUGGAGACUGAAACGGCUAAUCUCCAAAAUGCAAGUCAGAACUUCAAUGAGGACGAGGAUUGUAACGAAGGGGCCGUGCAAGUGUUGUACGACUUACGGUCUGAGGUGAAGGGGCUAAAACAACUAGUUCAGACUCAGCUGAUGAGCCAUGACAAUGAAGCCAGCGAAGUGAGACGGUUUAUAAAGACAUGCUUGGUCCUGAAGCAGCGGACAACAGAGGACAUUGAAAGACUGAAGAAACACUAUGAAAAAUAUGGAUACAGACCCCUGAAGACCGCGCAGAAACCCACAGAUGUGGAGGGAGACCCUGGGGCUGCCCGGGAGGAGCAGACAGAAAAGGAGGUGGGGGGUGAAACAGAGAAGGAUGAAGAGGAAUGCAACGCAGGGAAAGAGACUGAAGAACAUCUUCCUGGCACACCUGAGAAGAUGCCUCCUCCUCCUCUUCCUCCCGUUGACCCCAUGCGCACCCCUCAGCUCUCAGAUUUUGGACUUUCUGAGCUCCAUCUGCAGAGGGUCUUAGGUAACCCAGGGUUAUCACAGGAUCCUCCGCCACGGCCUGCUGUAGCGCUCUCGCCUCCGCCCCUGGUCAUGAGCCUGUGUCCUCCCAAACCGAAAACCCCUAAAUGCGUCCUACGCAUGGAUGAGGACGCGCCGACUCCUCGGCUAGAGGACUUCGGGAUCUCUGAGUACACGAUGUGCUUAAAUAACGACUUUACCAUGGAUUUAUACCGCAAAAAACCUACCAAGACAGAGAGCAAAACAGAGGAGCCCUCUCGCAUGCCAAAUCACAACCUUUCCACUCCAGAAUCAUCGUCUGUGCUAUGCCAUGAUUCCAAUGAAAGCAUGGAAUCCCCAGAGCAGCCAGUGUUCUGUACUCCGGGGUUUAAAAUCACCAAACAUCGAGCUCUGUCCACUCCUCCUCAGGACGGAGAGAAUGCUCCGGAAUCUCCCCCUACUCCCGAAAUCCCGGCCUUUGAGACUCCAUAUGUCAGCAAACUCCUCAGCGUGAGAAAAGAGGAUAGACAGGAGAGCAAGCCCCACCCCUUGGAACGUCCAACUGCCAAUAGAGCUUCAGGCAUGAGCACCACUUGGUCAAGUGACAUUCCAGAGAUGCCAGUCAGGCUCACUCAGAAAGAUGAACCCACACCAGAGAUGCCAACACUACAGUCAUUUCUGGGCAGCUCUCUGCCUUUUAAGACCGUGAGUGGUAUGAAGAUGGCUGGGAGGCAUGGCAUGUCGGGGCCGAAGGAGCCCCCCACGUCGGAGCAGCAGACGCUGGAUGGCCACACCCAGGAGUGGAGUCUGGCGAGCCCACAAGUCAGGAUGAACUUCCCGUUAGAGAUAUCCACCCCGGAUAUGCCUGAUAUGAGCUCCAUAACACAAGAUAUAUUUAAACUCGUGUCUCAAACAAAAUCCAAACCCACUACGACAUCACAGCAACUGAACUCUAAACCUGGUCAUCAGGUGGUGGCUCCAGGCAAAGAGAACAGGGCGCCGUGCCUGGCCCCCGUGUCUGAGGGAGAAUUUCACGGUCUGGCUGGUUACCUCAGACAAAUCCCUUUGUCCAGCCUGAACCAGGCCAUCCACAAAAUCAACAGUGCUGUUCAGGAACAACAUACAGGUGGUGACCCAAACUGUGGUGGUUUUCAGAUGGAUGAAUUGAAGAGGAUCUUAGCGGUGGGACCAAAGGCUCCAAUGUACAUCUUGUCUCUGGUGGAGCUGAAGAGACUAGAAAAUAUUCAGGGUGUUGGCACCUAUGCAUACAGGAUCCUGAGUCAGACAUAA